AGUCGAUAUUCUGCUGUGGAGACCAAACGAUAAAGAAGGAUCGAUAGCCACCAGAAAUUAUACGUGAUCAGAAUGGCUCAUAUAGAAAAUCACCACCACGACUCACCUGAAAUGAACUUAAAGUGCUCCUUUCUAAGCUCCAUGAAUUUGUAUUUGCUAUUGGUAGGAGCUUUUGGUUUUUUCCUAAAUAUUUUUCCAUGUGUGGUGUGCUACGCGAAGCUUCGCACGAGAUGCGGUCGAACGAGCAGAGACGUUUUGUUGAUGUCACUGAUUUUAGUGGACUUUUUAACUGUUUGUAUACCACUGCCGAUAUACCUCUUGCUGUACAACAACUGCCCUAGAAGUCAGCGGUCAAACCACGUUGAAAGACCGGCGAUUUGCGAGAUAUUUCACCUGAUGUUUAUGUGGUUCAAGUUGGCAUCGCUGUUUAUAAUUACAACGCUCAACUACACCUCCUACUUAGCCAUGACUGCGCGAGGAAUCUAUCGAAGUAUAGGCGACAGAAUCUCGUCAUCUUUAGCCUGCUCGAGGCACGAGCAAAAACACAGGGAAAAUUUGAGAAACUCGUCCCUCGUUAUUGCUAAUUUAGUUGUAGGCAUAGCCAUUGUGGCCUUGUUAAUUGCCUCGUUGCCUUACAUCGGCCUCGGUCCGGAAGGGAAAACACUGACGACGCAAUUGCACAGUUCUAAAACUUUACCUAAAGAAAACUUAACGAUUUUAUUUUGUUCCCUAAAGCAAAUAAGCUAUCCAAGACAGAACUCUGAUUAUACGUUUUUAUUCGCUCUGUUGAUGAGCAGCAGUGCCUGUUUAUUACUGCAGAUUGUCCACAAUGUUCUAGGUUGUUUUAAUUGUUCGGGUUACUCUCUGGGCGAUACUUCUGCGAUACGCAUGUCCACGUCUUUUGCCCUGUACAGUCGAAGACUCGGAGCUGAGAGAGACUUUGCUAAGAUGAUAUGUGUGCUGGGUCUGACAUUUCACGUGACCUGGAUUCCUGUAAUGGUAGGUAUCAUUUUGAUCUAGUUUUUUAACUUAAUACCUGUGGACGAAAAUAUUCUGGUUGAUGGAAGAUUAUGAUUUAGUUUCACAAAUAAUUCCGGCGCCACUUCUUGUUUACUUUGACGCACUGUUAUUAUCAUUGUUAGUUUUUUUACCCACGCGCGGAGAUUUGCUUCACCAAGUUUCGCAAUCUUUAUUCAUUUUUUAGUACUUUUUGUUAUUUACUUUUAAACAGUUAGCCAUGAAAUAGAUUGAAAAUACUUGAGGUCUAAAUUCGACUCGUGUUGGGGUCUCAGAGUUUUUUCUUUGUACCACGCUCGUGACAAGACGAACCAAAAAAAGUUUUUUUUUUCCGAUAAGAAUGGAGUUGUUUUAUAACUUCAUCCACAUACAAGAACUUGAAAGAGAAAUGGGCACUCCAAGAUAGCGUUUCUCUUGCAAUUUCUUUUGCGACAUGAUUUGUUUUCAGGCAAAUGUAAGAUGCACCAGCUUCGAUGUUUUCCUCGUUGUCUGGAUUCGCGUGAGAAAUUUUUAUAAGGAAAAUUUCAGGAAGGCUUCCGAAAGACAGAUAAAGGAAAAUUUUGUGGAAAAGAGGCUCCAAAUGUAAAAUUAGUAAAAUUUUGUUUAAAGACACUUUCUUUUAUGACACUUCACCCUCUCAGAUCUGUUCACAACUCAGGAACUUUAAGAGAAGAGAUUGAUUAGUUCACCACUGUUGAGUCUUACUUUGAAAAGCUGGUGGUUGUCAAUCGCCAAGAAUCGGUCACGGAAAUCAUGUAGGUUGAUGUUCUACUCAUUAGCCAAUAAUACUCGAUAUCAAUUAACUGACCCAAUCGAUUAAUCUGUUAAUAUCGGCGUGAAUUGACCAAGAACAGCUGUGAUAAAUAUCAGCAAUGCAAACUGGAAAACAACCGAUGGAAAUCAAUGACACUAGAAGCCAAACAAUUAAUAUCGAUUAUAUUGGAGUGCAAUAACUUUUCUCUUUCACCUUUGUACAUCGAUUUCUGAUGUUAAUAUCGGUUGAUAUCAAAAUUCAUUGAUAAUCAAUUUUAAUGUUUGGUCAGGCCUGCAUGUGUGUGAUUGCCAAAAAAUAUGGGAAGAACCCGUUUUAGGAGCUCGGCAUAACAGACGGAUUUUUAAAUCCUUGCAUCCUAACAUCAGAAUGCGUAUUCUCCACACUCGGUUCUCCACACAUCUCCUUCGGUGCUGAAAAGGAGAAUUAAUGUAACAAUCAUGUGCUUCUCAAGUUGGUGAUCAUUCCAUCUAUUCUCAUAACCUUAAUGGUUGAUUCAGGGAUGAUAUUGUGAGGAGAAAUUAGAUACUAAUAACUCUAAGAGUUAAAGGGUUAAAAGCAGUCAGAGAUCAUAAUCUUUUGCUUAAAGCCAAUGUACAGUUGUUUUAGUAAACACUAAAACGAUGGGAUGUAAUAGCGAGUUCAGUGCUCGCUGGUGAAUAGAAACGGAUAUUCGAAGUUCGAGUAGCCCAUAAGAGCGCCCCUUUAACGCCAUCCGUUAUCCGCUCAGUACAACUAUGAGAUAUUUGGCCAGAGAUGAAUGAAACAAGAUCAGUGCAUUGAAUUUAUGCCAACUUAAAAUCUACUUACUCGGAUGUUUGCGUUGGUUUUUCUUUUUUUUUUUCCGGAAAUUAAUUUUUCCGGUCUCAAGUUAGCUCGAAGAAUUAACUUCCAGCAAAAUCUCAAACUUACUUUGACUAUUUGCUUUUCCCAGGUUGCUGUCGGGUGCAUUAUGUCCGGUCAUCAGAUCAGCGCUGAAUUCUCCCAAUAUGUUAUAGCAGUAUCGUUUUUGUCACCUAGUCUCAACCCUGUUUUCUUCGCCGUGUUUCUCCAGGAGUUUAGAGACGGUUACAUGGCAGUAUUCCAAUUUAUUCGUGGUAAGAUUUUCAGCCUUUGCAAAGGUGCGUAAAGUUAAUGAGUCAAACGCCUUAACAACUUUCAUUUAUAUUUAUUCCUUUUCACUGCUCAAACUGACGUGUAUUUAGUCACUAUUUAAGUGUUUAAAUGAAGAUUUAUUACUCUUCGUCGUAAGAGAAAAUUUCUAACUGAGAGCCAGCGCAAGAAUAAGUUUUGAUUGUCAGAGAUCUUUCAAGAAAACGCUCGUUGAAAGAAAGCUUUUUUAAGUUUUAGGCUCGAUUAUCAACCGCUUGUUGGGAAAUUAGCCCGCGUUCAUUUCCCACGCAAGACAAGGAAAAACGGCGUAAAUCUGAGGAUUAAGCAUUCUACUACCACUAAAUGAAGGACUACUCAAACAACUUUGAAAAUUUUCUCAAAGUCUUUGGAGUCGCCUUUAAGUAAAGAGACAAUCGAAGUAAAGUUUGCGUAGUGGAUUCUUUUUCCGGCAGGAUUAUUGUUGUCUUGUCUUUAUUGGUUUAUUUGAUUUUUGCUGCUUACAAGCUCAAGAAGGUUCAUUUUUCUCUCUUUUCUCUUUUAUAGACUGUCUCAAGUUACGAAGUAAGCCGGCAGAGGUGAUCACAACUUCAGUGACAUCAUCCGGCAUUUCUGCGGGAAAGGGCGAGCAGGUUUAAAGCUGUUAAAUGUCCUGUCACAGUUCGACCGAUGAUAUUGAUAAUAGUCCACAUUUAAGGAUUGUUUACAGCCUGUGUGUACUCGCCUGCGCUCGAUUUAGUUGUUCCCGGACUUAACAUCAAGGAAUCAUUCGUUUUGCUCUAGGAACAAACUAAGAUGUCUGAAACAGAUUGGCUGACCUCUGUAUUUGUUCCAUUAUCAUUCAAGGCAUAAAACUGUAGU